AUGUCCGGCCUAGAAAUUGAAAGUUCCAGUGCAGAAGGUGUUCAUAAUGUCACAUCUAAAGAAGCCAUUAAUGUCUCAGAAAGUUCAUUGGACACAGGUGACAGUUCAAAAGUAAAACUAUGGGUCACUGAACUGAGAUCUAUUGUAUACAAGUAUGCCGGAUUUAUUGGACCGGGAUUGAUGGUUUCCGUUGCAUAUAUUGACCCAGGUAACUACUCUACAUCCAUAAAUGCGGGAGCAACAAACCAGUACUCUUUACUGUGUAUAAUUUUGAUCUCUAAUGUAAUUGCAAUUUUUUUGCAAUGCCUCUGCAUAAAGCUUGGAUCAGUAACUGGGAUGGAUUUAUCUAGAAAUUGCAAAAAACAUCUGCCGACUUGGCUGAAUCUGAUUCUUUACUUCUUUGCCGAAUGUGCCAUUAUAGCCACUGAUUUAGCCGAGGUUAUAGGUACUGCCAUUGCGCUUAACAUACUGAUUAAAGUUCCCCUACCGGCUGGUGUCGUUCUCACGGUAAUUGAUGUACUUACGGUUAUGGCUGCGUAUACGCCAGGAGUAUCGUCAAUGAAAUUUAUUAGAGCAUUCGAAUACGGUGUCGCCUUAUUAGUUGUUGGCGUAGUAAUCUGUUUUGCAGUUGAAUUGGCGUAUAUUCCGAACUAUACCAGUAUCGGGAAAAUAUUCAGAGGCUUUAUACCAUCGCACCAAAUGUUUCAAAACGAGGGCAUGUAUAAAGCUGUGUCAAUCCUGGGUGCAACUGUUAUGCCUCAUUCGUUAUUUUUGGGAUCAGGAUUGGUCCAGCCGAGACUUUUUGAAUAUGAUUCAAAACAUAGCAACCAUCCAUCCAUUGUGAAUGAUAGCACUGAUGAUAUCGAGCUCGAGAAGCCCGAAAGCUCUCAAGAGCAAGUAAAGGACCUGAAAUAUCUAAAUUACAGACCCACCAUAGAUGCAAUUAACUAUUGCAUGACAUUUUCUAUGCUUGAGUUAACCUUUACGCUCUUCACACUUGCAUUAUUCGUCAAUUGUAGCAUCCUUAUAAUAGCAGGAGCAACUUUGUAUGGAAGCUCUGAAGCCGCUGAUGCAGACUUGUAUACAAUUCAUUAUUUGUUGUCAGAAACACUAGCGCCGGCUGCAGGAACAAUAUUCAUGUUAGCUUUACUAUUAAGCGGCCAAUCCGCAGGUAUUGUUUGUACAAUGGCGGGCCAAAUCGUAAGUGAAGGCCACCUAAAUUGGAAAUUACUUCCUUGGCAGAGAAGACUGGCAACGAGAGCUAUUUCAAUUAUUCCAUGCCUCAUAAUAUCGGCUUCUUUGGGAAAAGAAGCAUUAUCUAAGGCACUGAAUGCAUCCCAAGUAGUUUUAUCCCUUUGCUUACCUCUUUUAGUUGCUCCUUUGAUUUAUUUCACUAGUUCUAAAAGAAUCAUGAGUGUUGAAAACCCCAAAAGUUCAAAUAUCACAACCAAUUCUAACAGCGAGGACGAAAUUUCAGACAAUGAGACCGAGAUAGAACCUGUGAGUUUUGUUAACAACUGGAUAACUUCGAUCUUUUCAAUACUUAUCUGGCUAUUGUUAUCAAUAUUAAAUGUCUAUGCCAUAGUUCAAUUAGGCCUUUCUCAUGGAAAUAUCAGUUGA